AUGACAGGCUCGUCACAUGAGGAUAGGUUAGUGCUUGAAUGCUACAACGAUCCUGAAUUAAAAAGAUGGACACAUCUGGCUAAUGCAAAAACCUGGAAAGGUCUUCUCACAGUGUUGGAGUAUGCUGAAAGAGAGAAAAUGUUGGGGUCGUCGGAAAUUUCUCAGAGGGACAAAUCAAAUGAGACAAUGAUAAGAUAUCCAAGAAGUUAUCAAUGGUUUGGACAGAAGUACUUUGUUUUAAAGGACCGAUCUUUACCGGACGAUGGAAAGUUCAGUCAAGUAGUUUCCAGUUGUGAAACAUUAAACAGAAUCGGAUAUUGCGUCCACCCGACUUCUAACGAGAAAGUUGAACCAGCUUUGAUUGUAUGCAUUGGAGGCGUUUUUACCUCUGAAAACCAUCGCGGCAAAGGCUAUGCUAGGAGUAUGAUUACAAAACUGAACGAUUUCUAUGACAAUAUUCGUGAUAAGGCUGAGGACGUCUUAGAAUUGAAAAACUUGAUCAUUAAUCUUUACAGCGAAGUUGGAGAGUAUUAUUCCGCCUUGGGGUACAAGAGUAUGCACGUCCCUUUGCAUCGUCUUACCAAAUUAGAUGAACUUCUUGAAAGUUAUUGCCGAGAAGAGAAUGACAAGGGUGGAAAGUAUUUGGGAUUCGAUGAUUAUGGAGAUCUAGUAGAAUUGCACGAGGUGCAGUUUAAAAAAAGUUUACUAAGCUUACACGACAAAAACCCAGAGAAGUUCAUAUUUACUGUUGCACCAGAUUUUGACAUCUUCAAGUGGUUCCAGUAUCGCGAUAUUUUUAUUAUGAAGAAGUCAGGAAGAGAAACCCAAGAAAAUCUAUCUUUCGGAUUUGCUUCAAGUGAUAACAGCCACAUCAUAUGGCACCACAAUUGGAAUGGUGACUCUUUGAUUAUCGUCAAGAUUUAUAUACCUGAGGAGUCCCUUCAAAGAAAAGAAUUGAAACUAAAAAAGUUGCUAAAGAAAGCUAUAGAGGAAACAAAGAUUCAUGGGUUACAUGAAUUAGAAUUUUGGGAUGAAGAAAUUCCUAUCAAACAGUAUCCGCGGCUGUUCCAAUUACUGACGAAGAUGGAAAGUGAGUCUAAGGUUUUUUCAGAGAACAGUUCUAUCAGUGCCGUCAGACCUCCCAAGGGUUACACAGCUGAAGAGGUUAUUUGGGACAAUAAUGCUAAAUUCUGUUGGUUUUAA